UGUUGAAGCCAACAGGCACAAUAUAUUACAGUCUAGGGUUUGCUGCUGAAAAGCCCGCUGGAUCCUUCCCUGACCUGCUGUUCUUUCCUGCUUUUUCUCUCUUUUUUUGUCACUCACUCGCAUUUGAUAUUAAAAGCACAAAACAAAGCUUGCACAGCUUUCCGCUCCCUCCUCUCCCGCAGCAGCAGAGAAGAAGACUAUCCAUCUGUGUGUUUAUGUUUCUGUCAUUGGAUGACCGGGUGAAGGGGCACCGGGAGAUGUGACGGGCGCAGAGAAGAAGAAUGGGCGUGGGGCAGCCUGGAUGGGAUUCUGUCAUCUCACUAUGUUUGGACCUUGACUGAUCACAGGAGAAGACGUCUCAUGACACUCUCGGAUAAACAAGCAUCGGAUUGAAAUUUUCAAGAAGACCAAAAAGGAACCUGCCUUUUUUUUUCUUUCUUUCUUUCUUUUUCAGAGAAGAAGUGGACUUUCUGUUUGUGUAACCAGUGGAGGGUCGAGGAGUGGAGGGCCAGGGGACUAACCUGGCCAUCAAACGGACUGGAAGCCUCUCCUCUCCUGGGAUCAUGUACCCUCAGGGCAGGCAUCCGGUCCCCUUGCAACCUGGCCAGUCUUUCAAGUUCACCGUCCUGGAAACUCUGGACCGGAUCAAGGAGGAGUUCCAGUUCCUCCAGGCCCAGUAUCACAGCCUGAAGCUGGAGUGUGAGAAGCUGGCCAGCGAGAAGACGGAGAUGCAGCGGCACUACAUCAUGUACUACGAAAUGUCCUACGGUCUCAACAUCGAGAUGCACAAGCAGGCAGAGAUCGUCAAGCGUCUCAGUGCCAUCUGCGCUCAGAUCAUCCCUUUCCUCUCUCAAGAGCACCAGCAACAGGUGGUCCAAGCAGUGGAGCGGGCCAAGCAGGUGACCAUGGCAGAACUGAACGCCAUCAUCGGGCAGCAGCAGCUCCAGCACCUGUCCCACCACGCCCCGGGCAUCCCCCUCACGCCGCACCCGUCUGGCUUGUCUCUGGGUGCGGGCGGCUCUGGCCUUCUGGCGCUAACGGGUGCGUUGGGGAUGUCGGCGCACCUGGCCUCCAAAGACGAGCGAAACCACCUGGACCCUGAACAUCUCAGAGAGGGAGCGCCCAGCAGGAGUAAGUCAGUGUCGUCAACAGACAGUCAGCCCCCCGAAGAGCGCCAGGGGCCCUCAGGUGGCUACGCCUCCUCGCAGGGCGGAGCCGAGGCCAAGAGACGACGCUGUGACGACAAAGAGGCCCUCCCACCGCACUCUUACGACAGCGAUGGAGAUAAAAGUGAGGACAAUCUGGUGGUGGAUGUAUCCAAUGAGGAGCCAAACUCUCCGGCAGGAACCCCGCCUCAUGGGAACGGUUUGGACCGCACUCCUGCCUUAAGGAAGGAGGCCCCGGGCUCUUCGGGCCCAGCAGAGGCGCCCUCCACCCCAAACCCCUGUAGCCCCGCCCCAGGGAAGGCCAAAGAUCCCAUACAGAUGGAUAAGUCCCAGUCGCCAUUGUCCAAGUCCAGCACCCCAUCCCCGUCCCAGCGUGAGGCUCUUACCCCGGGAGCUCCUGGAGCGCCCGGUCCCAGCACUUCCUGCCUCCGGCUGGUCAGCAAAGCGGCGUCUGCGGCAGACCCGCUUGCGCUCCGCAGCCCCAUGUCCGUGCCCCCCGCUUCCUUCCCGGCUCAUUUUGGGGUGGUGUCCCACGCAGGACUGAAUGGCGAGCUGGCCAGCCCAGGAGGCUUCGGCGGGGCUCUGACCCUCUCGCCCCAGAUCAGUGCAGCGGCCAGCGCCUACUCCCGCAGCCCCCUGGUGGCUUAUGACUCUCGGCCUCACCUGAGGGCCUCGGGCCUGUCGUCCUCUCUGCCGGGGUCAUCUGCUGGCAAACCGGCCUACUCCUUCCACGUGAGCGCGGACGGGCAAAUGCAGCCGGUGCCCUUCCCCCCCGACGCCCUGCUGGGCCCGGGCAUCCCUCGCCACGCCCGGCAGAUCCACAGCCUGAGCCACGGCGAGGUGGUGUGCGCCGUCACCAUCAGCGCCUCCACACGCCACGUCUACACGGGAGGCAAAGGCUGCGUCAAGGUGUGGGACAUCAGCCAGCCCGGCACCAAGAGUCCCAUGGCCCAGCUCGACUGUCUGAACAGAGACAACUACAUCCGCUCCUGCAAGAUCCUCCCCGACGGGCGCACCUUGAUCGUGGGCGGCGAGGCCAGCACGCUGUCCAUCUGGGAUCUGGCCACGCCCACCCCUCGCAUCAAGGCGGAGCUGACGUCGUCGGCCCCGGCCUGCUACGCCCUGGCCAUCUCGCCCGACAACAAGGUGUGCUUCUCCUGCUGCAGCGACGGCAACAUCGUGGUCUGGGACCUGCACAACCAGACCUUAGUCAGGCAGUUCCAGGGCCACACGGACGGAGCCAGCUGCAUCGACAUCUCCAACGACGGCACCAAGCUGUGGACGGGAGGACUGGACAACACCGUGCGCUGCUGGGACCUCCGGGAGGGACGCCAGCUGCAGCAGCAUGACUUCACCUCCCAGCAGCAGCAGCUCCAGCACCUGUCCCACCACGCCCCGGGCAUCCCCCUCACGCCGCACCCGUCUGGCUUGUCUCUGGGUGCGGGCGGCUCUGGCCUUCUGGCGCUAACGGGUGCGUUGGGGAUGUCGGCGCACCUGGCCUCCAAAGACGAGCGAAACCACCUGGACCCUGAACAUCUCAGAGAGGGAGCGCCCAGCAGGAGUAAGUCAGUGUCGUCAACAGACAGUCAGCCCCCCGAAGAGCGCCAGGGGCCCUCAGGUGGCUACGCCUCCUCGCAGGGCGGAGCCGAGGCCAAGAGACGACGCUGUGACGACAAAGAGGCCCUCCCACCGCACUCUUACGACAGCGAUGGAGAUAAAAGUGAGGACAAUCUGGUGGUGGAUGUAUCCAAUGAGGAGCCAAACUCUCCGGCAGGAACCCCGCCUCAUGGGAACGGUUUGGACCGCACUCCUGCCUUAAGGAAGGAGGCCCCGGGCUCUUCGGGCCCAGCAGAGGCGCCCUCCACCCCAAACCCCUGUAGCCCCGCCCCAGGGAAGGCCAAAGAUCCCAUACAGAUGGAUAAGUCCCAGUCGCCAUUGUCCAAGUCCAGCACUCCGUCCCCGUCCCAGCGUGAGGCUCUUACCCCGGGAGCUCCUGGAGCGCCCGGUCCCAGCACUUCCUGCCUCCGGCUGGUCAGCAAAGCGGCGUCUGCGGCGGACCCGCUUGCGCUCCGCAGCCCCAUGUCCGUGCCCCCCGCUUCCUUCCCGGCUCAUUUUGGGGUGGUGUCCCACGCAGGACUGAAUGGCGAGCUGGCCAGCCCAGGAGGCUUCGGCGGGGCUCUGACCCUCUCGCCCCAGAUCAGUGCAGCGGCCAGCGCCUACUCCCGCAGCCCCCUGGUGGCUUAUGACUCUCGGCCUCACCUGAGGGCCUCGGGCCUGUCGUCCUCUCUGCCGGGGUCAUCUGCUGGCAAACCGGCCUACUCCUUCCACGUGAGCGCGGACGGGCAAAUGCAGCCGGUGCCCUUCCCCCCCGACGCCCUGCUGGGCCCGGGCAUCCCUCGCCACGCCCGGCAGAUCCACAGCCUGAGCCACGGCGAGGUGGUGUGCGCCGUCACCAUCAGCGCCUCCACACGCCACGUCUACACGGGAGGCAAAGGCUGCGUCAAAGUGUGGGACAUCAGCCAGCCCGGCACCAAGAGUCCCAUGGCCCAGCUCGACUGUCUGAACAGAGACAACUACAUCCGCUCCUGCAAGAUCCUCCCCGACGGGCGCACCUUGAUCGUGGGCGGCGAGGCCAGCACGCUGUCCAUCUGGGAUCUGGCCACGCCCACCCCUCGCAUCAAGGCGGAGCUGACGUCGUCGGCCCCGGCCUGCUACGCCCUGGCCAUCUCGCCCGACAACAAGGUGUGCUUCUCCUGCUGCAGCGACGGCAACAUCGUGGUCUGGGACCUGCACAACCAGACCUUAGUCAGGCAGUUCCAGGGCCACACGGACGGAGCCAGCUGCAUCGACAUCUCCAACGACGGCACCAAGCUGUGGACGGGAGGACUGGACAACACCGUGCGCUGCUGGGACCUCCGGGAGGGACGCCAGCUGCAGCAGCAUGACUUCACCUCCCAGAUCUUCUCUCUGGGUUAUUGUCCCACUGGAGAGUGGCUGGCUGUGGGGAUGGAGAGCAGCAACGUGGAAGUCCUGCACGUGUCCAAGCCUGACAAGUACCAGCUGCACCUUCACGAGAGCUGUGUUCUCUCACUCAAGUUUGCAUACUGCGGCAAGUGGUUCGUGAGCACAGGAAAAGACAACCUGUUGAACGCCUGGAGGACCCCCUACGGAGCCAGUAUUUUUCAGUCCAAGGAGUCGUCGUCGGUGCUGAGCUGCGACGUGUCCCCUGACGACAAGUACAUCGUGACGGGCUCCGGGGACAAGAAGGCCACGGUGUACGAGGUGGUGUACUGAGGGAAGGGAGGAGCCGAGGGCGGAGACUCUGGGAUGCUUUCUUUUGUUUGGUUUCACUUUGGAAGACAGGAGGAGGGGGCAACUGGUCGCCUUGACAACCGCAUCCUCUCGACCCCUGCACACCUUUUUCACUUGUAGUAAAGUGGGGCGUGAAGAUGGCGGAGGAACGUGUGUGUGUGGACACAUUCUAAAGAGGGUGGGGGGUAAUUAGGGCUGUUUCCUGAUUAAGAGCUCAGUGGAAGGACCCCCCCCCCUCUCCCCCCCACCACCACCACACACAUUCACACACACACUCACACAUUCACACAAGAGGUGUCGAGGGAACGCCAGCCAGCAGCGCUGAUAACACACAUCCAUUCAUUAGGCAGACAGAGGAGGCUUUAAUGAGGAUGAUGUCAUCAGCCACAGGGGGCACACACACCAAGGUGCGCACCAUCACACACACACACACACACACACACACACACACACACACACACACACACACACACACACACACACACAUACAUAUACUCCCCCGGAGGUCAUUGAGAGAAAACACACACUAAUUAAAUGGUGAGUACAGCAUCCUUACUUAAUAUCUGUUUUGUUUUUGUGCUGACAAAGGCGACGUCUAAUGAGCUGACAAGCGCACACACACACACACACACACACACAAACACACACACACA